GUAUGUACUGGACUAGACUGUCCAAGGAGGAACAAUCGAUCAUCGUGAGAUAAAAUCGUGCAGAAUCUCGCGCGAUUGCAAGGCACGUUCUCCGCAAGCACAAGCCGGAGCUCCUGGGGGCGGCAGCCUCGAGCAGUCCGCCAUGGUGGACGUGUGGCUGGAGGUGGAGGCGCACCAGCUCCACCCGGCGGCGGGUGCCAUCGUGAUGCAGUACCUCAUCACGCCCUUGAUCGGCGGCGAGCAGGACCAGGCGAUCGUCGACGAGAACGCCAGCAAGCUCCGGGCGAUGUUCGAGAUCUACGAGGCGCGGCUGAGCUGGAGCAGGUACCUCGCCGAUGACAUCGUCAGUGCCGCCGACCUCAGCCACUUCCCGCUCAUGCGCUACUUCAUGGCCACUGAGUACGCCGCGAUGGUGGAGGCGCUGCCGCACGUUAGGGCGUGGUGUGAGGACCUCGCCGCCUGGCCGGCGGCCAGGAAGGUGGCGGAGCUCAUGCCGCUGGAUUUUGGGCUGUCCAAGAAAGAUGAGAAGUGAUGAACAGUGUCAUGUGUUGCUUGUGCUACUGCUUUCAUGGGUGGAAACGAAUUGCCUAGUUA